CAUUCCGGCCCCAGGUCUGUUCAUUGUAUUUGUUGGACUGGCGACUAUCUCCCACCUCCGUCUGGAUCUGCUAACUUUCCCUUUGGGGCUGUGGGGGGUGGGGACGAAGUGGACUUUUGUCUCGCUGUCCCUCUCUCAGAGCUUGCCAUAGUAACGCUGACAAAGCGGCUUGCUGUAGCGGAACGGCCGGCCAACGCAGCGACCCCCAGUUCCAAACAAAACGCUGCCGACUCUCCCCAGCCCCGGGAGAGAGAGGGGAGAGAGGGAUCCUCGGCAAUGCUGCUCCGGCAAGCAGCAGCUUCACUUCCCCCCCCAGAGACAGACGGAGAGCAAUCAGUUCAGAAAGUGCACUGUGUGAGCGCCUGCUGGGACGAUGAGCACAGACAGCCAGUACGAGGACAGUGUGUCUAGCCUGUUGCUGGAGAACAUCAAACACAGGCUGAUCAGCGCCUUCAGGGCAACCUCUGCUCCGAGAGACCAGCCCAGCUCCUGGCCCCUCAGCACCAACCCUCGGGCUGACCAGGAACUCCGCAGAGCCAAGAUCGACGGGGCUAUCACUUGGCUCCGGACCGAACUGUUGGAGAUGCGGUCCCAGGAUCGGGAGCUUGCCAAAACCUUGUUGGAGUUAAACAAGGAAAUCCAGAAGCUAAGGAGUGAACAGGAAUUAUGCAGAAACAUGGGUAGCAGGUCUCCUUCAGAGUUUCAGGAUCCUGAAGUUCAACCUUCCAGGCAACAGGAUGUGGAAGGAGCUGCACAGUCCCGAGAAGAACAGAGGAGAAACUAAUCGACUCUAGGGUUAAUAGCCUGAGUUUGCAAAGUUUCACACUUAAAAUAGCAUGAUGUAUUGUCUAGGUCAAACAACAGCAUUAGAAAAAUUUAAUAAUGUGACUGAUCUGAAGAAGGAUCACUGGAUCCAAAAUGUGAACUCUGCUUUCUCUCUACAGUUCCUGCCAGAUCUGCUAAGUAAUUUCUGAUUUUGUGUUUUCUUUGAUUUACUCAUCUGUGGGAUGUGGGUGUCACUGGCUGGCCAGCAUUUAUUGUCUGUCCCUAGUUGCCCUUGAGAAAGUGGUGGUGAACUACCUUUUUGAACUGCUGCAGUCCUCCUGCUGUGGGUUAACCCACAAUGCUAUUAGGAAGGGAAUACCAGGAUUUUGACCUGGUGACAGUGAAGGAACAGCAGUAUAUUUCCAAAUUAGGAUGGAGAGUGGUUUGGAGGGGAACUUGAAGGUGACGGUGAGAGACAAAAAGAAACUGCAGAUGCUGGAAUCCAAGGCAAACAGGAGGCUGGAAGAACACAGCAGGCCGGGCAGCUUCCCCGAAUGGGAAAGGGGUGUGCCUGGGGCAUUGACUGCCCCUUUGCUCCAGAUGCUGCCGAGCCUACUUCAUUUUUCCAGCCUCCUGUUUGUCUGCCUUGAAGGUAGUGGUGUUCCCAUUUAUCUCCUGCCCUUGUCUUUCCAGGUGGAAUAGUUGUGGGUUUGGAAGGUGCUGUCUGGGGAUCUUUGGUGAAUUUCUGGUGCAUCUUGUAGAUGGUACACACUGUUGCUACUGAGUAUCGGUGGGUGGACGGAGUGGGUGCUUGUGGAUUUUGUGCCGAUCGAGUAGGCUGCUUUGCCCUGGAUGGAGUCAAGCUUCUUGAGUGUUGUUGGGGCUGCACCCAUCCAGGCAAGUGGGGAGUAUUCCAUCACACUCUUGACUUGUGGACAGGCUUUGGGGAGUCAUGGGGUAACUUACUUGCCAUGGUAUUCCCAGCCUAGUUGAUAAUAAUGUGAUCACACUGUGCUUUAUGAAAAUACACUCCAGCAUGUGGUAGCAUUGUUGUAACUCGUAACAAAGUUUGUUUGAAUAAAAGAACUUUAGUGCCUUA